AAGCCCUAAUUAUGGCCCUAGGCCACACAAACUACGCUACUAUAAACCCUAGCCGUGACCUUGGUCAUUUCUCUUGCUUGCACACACAAACCCUUGCUGCAUCUCAGGGAGAUCUGCGCGCCCCAGCAGCAGCAGCAGCAGAAAAUGGAGACAGCGAGGACUGGUGUGAAAGAAGUCUCGAGGACUGUGAAAGAUGUCUCUCCCCACGAGUUCGUCAAGGCCUACUCCGCUCACCUCAAACGCUCCGGCAAGAUGGAGCUUCCUCAAUGGACUGACAUUGUGAAAACCGGUACAUUCAAGGAGCUUGCCCCAUAUGACCCUGAUUGGUACUACAUCAGAGCUGCUUCUAUGGCUAGGAAAAUUUAUCUGAGGGGUGGUCUUGGUGUUGGUGCUUUCCGGAGGAUCUAUGGUGGGAGCAAGAGGAACGGGAGUCGCCCACCCCACUUCUGCAAGAGCAGUGGUUCAGUUGCCCGACACAUCCUUCAGCAAUUGCAGAACAUGAACAUCGUUGACUUCGACCCCAAGGGUGGAAGGAGAAUCACAUCAAGUGGGCAGCGUGAUCUUGAUCAAGUUGCUGGGAGGAUUGUGGUUGCUGCUCCUUGAGAGAUGGGGGAUUCAGGAAUCUAUGCAUACACUUUGAUUGCUUUGGAGUUAGAACCCUCUUAGACAUUUUGAUUGGGAGUAGAUUUAGCGUAUUGUCAAUCAAUUUUGCACUUGGUUGCAUAAUUUCACCAUAAUGGACGUGUUUUUUUCUUUAAAAUCUAAAAAUUCGUGAACUUUGGUUUUAGUGUUAUUAAGUUCCUGAAACCGUUUUGUUGUGGAUUA